AUGAACUCGAUUCCUUUGAAGAAGAUUGACGAUAUUUCAUCGUUGCUGCUUUUCCAACAAGCCCAGGACAUCGCGCGUCAGAUCCCUCAAUGGCAUAAGGCUGGCACGUAUAAGUACUCAGUGCCUCAGGGCGAUGAUGUUGCUGUAGAUGUCCAUACUCAUGACUUGAACAACGACUAUUGGGUGGCUCGGACUACCGAGUUUGGCCAGUACCCUGAAAAGACGAGAACACGCAUUUUCCAUCUUUUGGAUAAGUACGUGCUUGGCUCGUUGACUCUGCUUGACGAGUCUCACACCCAGCAUGAGCUCGGCUAUAUUCACGAAUUGGCUGACUUUAAAGUGCAUCCGUACGAGCUCGGUGACUCCAUUCCGGGCUUCGAUAGCGUUACAUACUUGGCUGAGGUUUAUUACCAUUUGCAGUUUCCUUUGAAGAAACGGAAGUUUUGCAACUUGAUCCAUAUCUUGAAAGCGCAGGACGGCAAUUCCGGGUAUGUGAUUAGCUUGGCUGUUGACCCAUCUGUGAUCCCUGGCCAACCCCAGGAGCCUGGCUUCGUACCUGCAAGAUACUCGUCAGUUGAGUACGUUUCAUUCGACCCGAAAACAAGUGAUCUCAAGUGGUACAUGACCACAUGCUCGGAUGCUGGCGGAAAUUAG